CGAUUCGGCACGGUGUUUGGAUUUGGCUGGCGAGCAGGAGGCAGCAGCGGCGGCGGCAGCGGCAGCGGAGCCUAGCUCGCGACGCGACGGAGCAGCCGUGAAGCCGUGAAUCGGUUGGCCGAGGAACGUAACGGAACGAGGAAGGGAGAUAGAGAGAGAGGGACGGCCGUUUUAUCGAGCGAACGACAGAGAACAAGAGGGAGAAAUGGCCCCCACCCACGACGGCAACAAGGAAAUAGAGGGGCGCUAUAAAGAGCGUAAAGCGUAUAAAGAGCGCGCGUAUGCCUACAGCCCUGUACCAGCGAGUGGCGGCUCUUCGUCAGUGUGCGAUUCAACUACCCUUCGGAAGCAGAACGAAGAGAUAAGCGAGAACGGUGUCGGGCAAGCCAAAUUAAAUCGGUCGGAAGGUGUCCACGAGAAGUGUCCUGUGAGCUUCAGCAUCGCCGCCAAGAUGACGGAGAAAGGAUCGACGAGGCUUCAGUACAUCGCUGCCGCCGCAGCGAAUAUGUGCACCUUAGCGACGGGCGCCAUGAUGGGAUGGACGAGUCCUGUGCUUCCGAGGCUGGGGAAGGAUUUGAAGGAUAAUCCUCUCGGAAGGCUGAUCAGCCAGGACGAGAGCUCGUGGAUUGGAUCGUUGUUGGCCGUUGGAGCGUUAUUUGGUUGUUUCGUGGCUGGAUACCUAGCAGACAGAAUCGGCAGAAAACUAUCGCUCCUUUGCUCCACGGUGCUGUUCCUGAUCGGAUGGGCCCUAAUCGCAGCAGCCUCGGCAGUGCCGAUGUUGUACGCGGCUCGAGUUGUCCUCGGGUUCGCCAUGUCUUUCACCUUCACGGUCGUUCCCAUGUACUGCGGAGAAAUCGCCGAGAUCUCCGUCAGAGGUGCCCUGGGAUCGUUCCUGCAGCUGUUCAUCACUAUCGGCCUGCUAUACUCGUACGUGAUCGGCCCGUACGUCUCUUACACGGUGUUCUGGAUCCUGUGCGCCAUCCAUCCGAUCAUCUUCUUCGCCGCUUUCGUGACCAUGCCGGAGUCCCCGUUCUUCCUCCUGAAGGCCGGCAAGAGGGAACAGGCUGUCGCCGCUUUGGCCAGGCUGCGCGGAAAGUCCGUCGCCAGCGUGCAGAAGGAGGCUGACGAAAUACAGGCGGAAGUGGACGAGUCCGUGAGGAACAAGGCCACCAUUGCUGACCUGUACAGGGUGAAGGCGAACUUCAGGGCCACGCUCUACACCAGUCUGUUAGCCGGGUUCCAACAGCUCAGUGGCAUCAACGUCGUAUUGUUCUACAUGGAGGCGAUCUUCAUCAGCGCCGGCACGGACAUCCCGACAGCGAUCGCAACCAUCAUCGUCGGUGUCGUCCAAGCACUCGCUUCCGCUGUCACCCCCGUCGUGGUCGACAGACUGGGCAGGAAGAUGCUGCUGAUCUUCUCCGGUAUCGGAGAGAUCGUCACCUUGGGCGCACUGGGCACGUACUUCUUCCUGAAGGAGGUGCAGAAGAACGACGUGACCGGGAUCGCCAUACUGCCGGUCGUCGCGCUGGUGAUAUUCAUCGCGACGUACUGCGUGGGCUGGGGCCCGCUUCCGUGGACCGUGAUGGGCGAGAUGCUUCCUGCGAACGUGAAGUCGAAGGCCUCUAGUAUCGCGGUGUUCACCUGUUGGCUGCUCGCGUUCUUCAUCACAAAGUUCUCGAGCGACCUGGAGAACGCGUUCGGCAGAUGCACGCUGUACUGGAUGUUCGGGGUGUUCUGCGUGGUCAGCGUGGUGUUCACGGUGGUGGUGCUGCCGGAGACCAAGGGCAAGAGCGUGCAGCAGAUCCAGAGCGAGCUGGACGGAAGUUGUACCGCCCAGUUCGUGGCCGGCGAGAAAAUGUGAACGCAGUAUUAAAAACGCGGCACCGCGAGACACGCGACACGCGUCGUUCCGGCCGUGCUCUUUUUUCAGUUCCGUUUCGAUUAAGUACGUCUUCAUACUGCCAAAGACCACCGAGGUCGCGAUUCCUCGGGGCUCUACAUUAGUAGCCAGCUAGGAGAGCCCGAGAACAAUGGACGAUUACGAUCGGGUCGGAUACGCUCACGAUUGCUUACAAUGUUAAGGAGCUUAUCUUAGACGCAAUAUUAAUAUCGUUAGCGAUAGGAACCACGGAGGACCAAUCGGGGCACAGAGACGAGUGUCGCUGGCUUUUCGUGGGAAGCCUUUGUACGGUAACAAUUUAGUGGAUCCUUUGUUUUCCACUGUCCGGGAGAUUCUUACACGAUCAAAUACAAACUCGAGAUUAGGCUGCGCGUUUUUACGCAAAUUUCACGAAUAUCACGGUAUGUUCCGUUCACCGAAGGCUUUCUCGCGAUACGGAUAUUCUAUAAGAUACGUUUCGCAUCCACGAAGAUCCGCAGUACGGUAAUGUCUCCCUUACUGACGCU